ACUUUCUAUUUUCACGCCUGAUACAUCGAACGGUUACAUAAAAGGCACAAGGAAGGACGGGAGGAGGAACAGCCACCGCAGCCGCCGAAGGGAAGAAGAGCUAGAGAGAGGGGUUUGGUGGAGGUCGUGUUGGAAUGGCGUCGUCGUCGUCGUGGCUGCAAUCGUUUUUUCUCAACCCCCGCCGAAACUGGUUCGCCGCCCAGCACUACAAGGCCGUCUCCAAGCGCCUCAAGAAAUACGGGUUGCGUUACGAUGAUCUCUACGAUCCGAUGUACGAGCUGGACAUCAAGGAGGCGCUGGCCCGGCUCCCGCGCGAGGUGGUGGACGCCAGGAACCAGCGCCUCAAGCGCGCCAUGGACCUCUCCAUGAAGCACGAGUACUUGCCGGAGGACUUGCAGGCAUUACAGACGCCAUUUAGAAGCUAUCUUAAAGAUAUGUUGGCUCUUGUGAAGAAGGAGAGGGCAGAACGAGAGGCAUUGGGAGCUCUACCCCUCUAUCAGCGCACCAUUCCAUGAGAUAUCUUUCAAGGAUGCUAGUUUGUCUGAUAUUAAUUGCGACAAAUAAAAUAAAAAAACUGUCGUUGGAUGCUGAUUUUGGUCUAUGUAAACCUCUUUGUACGAUGCUGUCUUUUAUGUGUUUGUUUUGGUAAUCAUCACUGAAAUAUGCGUUCGCAAGUAUUUUUCAGAUAUUAGGAGGCAAACCUGGCCGUCAUGGACAGACUAUCUGAUUAUUGGAGGUUAAUAGAGAAUAAGUAAUGGUUAUUAGUUAUGAAUA